GCCGGGCGUGGUGCGGAACUGGGCCAGCCGUGGCCGCCGCAGGAAACCGGGGCUGCGCCCCGCCGGCGCGCGAUCCCGCCCGUCCCUGUCCCUGUCCCUGCCGAACGACCCUCGGACCCGGGCCAUGGACGCAGCCGAGCCGGGGUCACCACCCGUCCCCGAGGGUAGGAAGAGGUACAGCGACAUAUUCCACAGCCUGGACAACCUUGAGAUCUCACUGGGGAACGUGACCCUGGAGAUGUUGGCUGGAGACCCGGUGCUUUCUGGAGACCCUGACUCAGACAAGACCCUCACAGGCACUGUGACCAAUGAACCGAUACAGUGGAGUGGGCCCUCCCUGGAGGCUCCUGUGCCCCUGUCAGAGGAGGAGCUGGACCUGAGGCUGGUCCGGACGAAGGGGGGCGUGGAUGCUGCCCUGGACUACGCCAAGACCUGGGGCCGCUACGCCAAGGAGCUGCUGGCCUGGACAGAGAAGAGAGCCAGCCUCGAGCUGGAGUUCGUCAAAGGCAUCAUGAAACUCGCGGAGGCCGGCAAAGUGUCCAUCCACCAGCAGAGCCACAUGCCCCUGCAGUACAUCUAUACACUCUUCCUGGAGCACGACCUCAGCCUGGGGACCUUGGCCUUGGAGACAGCUGCACAGCAGAAGAGAGAUUACAGCCAGCCCCUGGCGGCCAAGCGGUUGGAGAUCGAAAAGUGGCGGAAGGAGUUCAAGGAGCAGUGGACGAAGGAGCAGAAGCGCAUGAACGAGGCCGUGCAGGCGCUGCGGCGCGCGCAGCUGCAGUACGUGCAGCGCUGCGAGGAACUGCGCGCGCGCUCACAGGCCUCCCCCGAGGACCCGGCGCCCCAGGCGUCCCCGGGGCCCAGCAAGCAGCAGGAGAGGAGGCGGCGCUCCCGGGAGGAGGCCCAGGCCAAGGCGCUGGAAGCCGAGACGCUGUACCAGGCCUGCGUGCGAGAGGCCAACGCGCGGCAGCAGGACCUGGAGGCCACCAAGCAGCGGAUCGUGUCGCACGUGCGCAAGCUGGUGCUGCAGGGCGACGAAGUGCUGAGGCGGGUGACCCUGGGACUGUUCGAGCUGCGGGGUGCGCAGGCCGAGCGGGGUCCCCGCGGCUUCUCGGCCCUGGCCGAGUGCUGCGCGCCCUUCGAACCGGGCCAGCGCUACCAGGAAUUCGUGCGCGCGCUGCGGCCCGAGGCCCCGCCGGCCCCGCCGCCGGCCUUUACCUUCCAGGAGUUCGUGCCCAGCGCAAGCAGUUCCCCUCUGGACGGAAGGAAGCAUUCUGGAGGUCCCCCACCUCGGCUGGAGGAGAGCCCCGCGGAGCAGGGAUCCUGGCGGGACGCAGGUGCAGGCUGGCACGGCCCCACUCCGGCCAGCGACGGGGACAGUGAGUCCAGGUCCUUGGAUUCUCCCACUUCCAGCCCAGGCGCGGGCGCCCGGCGGCUGGUGAAAGUCCCGUCCACGGGCACUGAGUCCUCCGACGACUUUGAGGAGCGAGAACCGGAUCUGGGCGAUGGGCUGGAGAACGGGCAGGGCAGCCCCUUCCGGAAGUGGACGUUGUCAGGCGCGGCGCAGACCCAUCGGCUCCGGCGGCUGCGGGGCCCAGCCAAGUGCCGGGAGUGUGACGCCUUCAUGGUCAGCGGGACGGAGUGUGAGGAGUGCUUCCUGACCUGCCACAAGCGCUGCCUGGAGACGCUGCUGAUCCUCUGCGGCCACCGUCGGCUGCCUGCCCGCUUGGCCCUCUUCGGGGUCGACUUCCUGCAGCUCCCCAGGGACUCCCCGGAGGAGGUGCCCUUCCUGGUCACCCGGUGCACGGCGGAGAUGGAGCAGCGCGGCCUGAAUGUGCAGGGCAUCUACCGGGUGAGCGGGUCGCGGGUGCGCAUGGAGCGGCUGUGCCAGGCCUUCGAGAACGGCCGCGCACUGGUGGACCUGUCUGGGCACUCCCCACAUGACAUCGCGGGUGUCCUGAAACGCUUCCUCCAGGAGCUCCCGGAGCCCGUGGUCCCCUUUCACCUCUAUGAUGCCUUCAUGUCUCUCGCCAAAACGCUGCGCCCUGACCCGGGGCGGGUCCCCAGCAACCCCGUUCCCAGCCCUGACACCAUCCGCGCGCUCAAGGGGCUCCUGCUGCAGCUGCCAGACUCCAACUACAGCACCCUGCGCCACCUCGCAGCCCACCUCGCCAGGGUGGCCGCGCAGUUCGCGGAGAACAAGAUGUCGGCCAACAACCUGGGCAUCGUGUUCGGGCCCACGCUGCUGCGCGCCCCCGCUGGCCCCGGGCCUGCCGCAGUGGCCUGUCUGCUGGACUCGGGCCACCAGGCCCAGCUGGUCGAGUUCCUCAUUCUGCACUACGAGCACAUCUUUGGCCUGGAAGAGCUGCCCCCCGACCCCGGGCUCCUCACACACAGUCCUGAGGCUCCACGCCUUAGCCUGGACUCCCUGACCUCAGAGCCCAGUUCCGACACCAAUGCCGACCCCCACAGUGCUCUGGAGAUGUGCUCUGAGCCCACAGACCCCGAGACUCCAGCCCCACAGUCCGUCCAGACGGAAGCGCUGGAAGAUGCCAGUGACCCAGGAGAAGCCGCUUCUGACCAGGGCUCUGAGGACUCGCUACUGGGGACACAGUCUCGGGGCCAUUUCAGCCGCCAGCCUGUGAAGUAUCCUCGAGGCGGCCCGCCAAGGCCGGUCCCCCACCAGCUGUCCUCUUCCAAACUGUGUGAAGAGGAGCCCCUGAGGGCCGCCCCCUGCACGGGGAGUCUGCGGGGGCGGGGUGCCACAAUGUCCUCUCCCGACAGCAGCCCCCUACGCCGUGCCCCUCUGCCCAAGCACUUCGAGAUCACCCAGGAGACUGCCAGGCUCCUGGCCAAGCUGCCCGAGGAAGCCGUGUGCGAGGCCUCCUGCCGCCCUGACACCCAGGUGGUGGACGGAGUGGAUGACCGCCUCUGACCAUUGUCACCCAGGGACCCAGGAUGUCCCCCAGGAAUUCACUGUGU